AUGCAUUUUAUCUUCUCAGAUGAGGUGGUGCUUCUAUUUAAUUUCUGGAAUGUCCACAGUCCCACAGGCAUGGCCCUUUCUGUGUUGGUGGUCCUCCUCAUGGCUGUGUUGUAUGAAGGCAUCAAGGUUGGCAAAGUCAAGUUGCUCUACCAGGCACUGGCAAGCUUGCCAACCCCCACCCACCAGCAGCAGUUCAUCGAGGAGACAGACGGAGAAUCGAUAGGCUCAGAUUUACUCCCAGACAGCAGAACCCGCCUCAGGUGGUUUUUGUGUCACUUUGGCCAGUCUCUCAUCCACGUCGCUCAGGUGGUCAUUGGCUACUUCAUGAUGCUGGCUGUUAUGUCGUACAACACCUGGAUUUUCCUCGGCGUGGUCCUGGGCUCAGCUGUGGGCUACUACCUAGCCUACCCACUUCUCAGCAUGGCUUAG